ACUGAGGGGAGAUGAGUGUUUCUGCUCCUAAUGCACGCACAGAUGAUGGUAGGAGAGUGUGUGUGUCCAGAAACACAGGAGACAUGUUUGUCACGGUGCUGUCUCGGGAAGGAAGGAUGGACCUCUUCAACCUAAACUGCAGGAUCAUGAACUUCAUCCACUCCUUGAAGGAGAGGUGCCAAGUGGACCCACAAGACAGUGUGGAUCUGAUGGAUAAGUAUGGGGAGCUGAUGCAUCUGAAUGAGAGCGAGCAGAGCACAGAGCCAGCCUGUACUCUUCUGAGGGAGAGACAAACCUACAUCCUCAUGAUGGUGUAUGGUAGUUCUGAAGGACCUGAGGGCCUGAGGUAUGCCCCACUUCUCACGGACAUGGGCAAGAGCCACCCAGAGUUGGCAGAUGUGGUUCGGAAGCUUUCAAACCCUUGUAAAGAGCGGGACAAAAAGAUUGGUGUCCCCAGAAGAGGACUUCAAACCCAAACAAGAAAUAGGCCGAGUUCCAGCGUAAAAAAGAAGGUCUUAACAACGCCCCGAAGCUAAAAGCUUAAAUGUCAAGCACCCGUUUGAACUGUUUGACGAGCUUUAGACAGGAAUAUCCGGAAGUAUGGCUGUUUACAGUGUUACAUUAAAUGUAAUCGUUUUCA